GGGUCUCAGGUAAGGCUUGGCGAUGCAGGUAAGAUUCCCCUCAGCGGAGAUGAGGCUCAGCGCCUGCAGGUAAAAACCCCUCCUCUCCCUAGGGGACCCUCUUCCUUUAGGGAGGCCUCCUGCCUCCUCCAGGUGAGAGACCCUUUCCCCAAGCGAACUCCAUGUACCCCACAUUUGCCCUAUCACUAGUCCAAAUAGCGUCCCAAGGACCAGUCAGUUUCUCCCCCCCCCACCCCCAAUUCCUCAAAACUGAAAACUGGCAGCCCAUCCACUCUGAAGCCCCUUCUUCACGUUUCAGAUGCCAGUUCAGAUGCCAGCUCAGCAGGGGUGAGGCCAGAAGCUGGUGGGUGACUCACCUAGAGCUCCUCCUAGCCUCAGUUUACCCGCUGAUGCAACCUGAGGCCUUCUCAGUGAGUCAAAACUGAGAUGACUCUGGUCCCUGGUGAGACUGCUGGCUCUAGGGAAAGGAGAGAGCAGCCAAGUGUGACAGAGUCCCCAUAGUUCUGGGCUUGUCUACAUGUGUGUGGCCUUAGUCCUGAUCGUCUACCUUCCUUCCUGGCAGGCACUGGGCUCCCUCUGCUCCCCGUGGGCCGCUCCCCGCGUGGGGCCACUGCCCUUGGCCCCCGCCAUGGUGCGGAUUUCAAAGCCCAAGACGUUUCAGGCCUACUUGGAUGACUGUCACCGGAGGUAUAGCUGUGCCCACUGCCGUGCUCACCUGGCCAACCACGACGACCUCAUCUCCAAGUCCUUCCAGGGCAGUCAGGGACGUGCCUACCUCUUCAACUCUGUAGUGAAUGUGGGCUGCGGGCCAGCAGAAGAGCGGGUGCUGCUGACAGGUCUUCAUGCUGUCGCUGACAUCCACUGUGAGAACUGCAAGACCACUUUGGGCUGGAAAUAUGAGCAAGCCUUUGAGAGCAGCCAGAAGUACAAAGAGGGGAAAUACAUCAUUGAACUCAACCACAUGAUCAAAGACAACGGCUGGGACUGACCUAGCUCCUGCCGCAUGUGGCUUCAGCCUGGCCUGGCCGCCAGGGGGAGCCACUGGUUUCGCUCCUCCUGAAGGGAGCUCUGGACCCUCAGGGCCCCCACAGGGGAAGGACCCAGCUCCUGUACAUAUAUUUUAUUGCAUGCACUGUGACCUUGGGGGGAGACAAAGAGGGGGAUUGUACCCCCGCCCCCUGCACCUCCCUGCGAUCUGGCUGGCUUGGAUCUCAUUUUUUAACCCCUUCCUGUCUUGCCUGUCCCAUAGAUAAGGCCUGUGUGCUGCUCUCAUGGCCCCGGUGCACCACCUUUCUGUGAAUCUCUCCCACUGGAUCCCUCUUACCUGCAACGUGUCUGUUCUCGUUCUGUAGCGUUUGUAAAUAAUAAAACAGUGGAAUGGA